AGAAUGGAUGCAGUAAAUGUCUCUUUGGUGACUGAAUUCUAUCUGGUAGGAUUAACAGGAAAGCCUGAACUCCAAAUACCCUUGUUCUUUCUGUUCCUAGCAAUGUAUCUGGUCACUGCAUUGGGAAAUUUGUGUUUGAUAAUUCUGAUUGUGCUGGAUUCUCACCUCCACACUCCUAUGUACUUUUUUCUCUUUAACUUAUCCUUUAUAGAUAUUUGCUAUUGUUCUGUGUUCACUCCCCAAAUGCUGAUGAACUUUAUAUUAAGGAAAAAUGUAAUUACAUACAGAGAAUGUAUGACCCAACUCUAUUUCUUUAUGUUCUUUGCUACUUCUGAGUGCUAUGUGUUGACUUCAAUGGCCUAUGAUCGCUACAUGGCCAUCUGUAAUCCACUGUUGUAUAAUGUUGUCAUGUCUCCUAAACUAUGUUUGAUACUUAUGUUUAGUUCUUACAUUAUUGCAUUUUCUACUGCUGUGGCUCACACUGCAUGCAUGCUGAGACUGAGCUUCUGUGAUGCCAACACCAUCAACCACUACUUCUGUGAUAUUCCUCCUUUGCUUCAACUCUCCUGCACAAGCAUAUAUGCCAACAAGCUUGUAAUAUUGUUGCGGAGCAUCCAUGUAAUUGUUCCUACUUCCACUAUUUUUACCUCCUAUAGUUUUAUCAUCUCUAGUAUCUUCCGCAUCAGUUACUCUGAGGGCAGGUCCAAAGCCUUCAGCACGUGCAGCUCUCACAUCCUUGCUGUUUCUCUGUUCUUUGGUUCAGCUACGCUCGUGUAUUUCAAACCCUCCUCAUCUGGGUCUGUGAAUGAAGGAAAAAUCUAUUCUGUCCUUUACACCAAUGUGGUCCCCAUGAUGAAUCCCUUAAUCUACAGCUUAAGAAACAAAGAUAUUAAAGUUGCCUUUAGGAAAACCCUAAGCAGCAGGAACAUUUGA